AUGGCUAAGUCCUCCAGCUCAGCUUCCAAGAAGCAGAAGCUGGACCAUCUCGAUGCUUUCCGUAGAGGCAUUCCCUUCGUGUCGUGCUCGGCAUUGGCAGCGAUUUUGAACAAGGUGGAACAGGAAGGAGUGCCAGAGCUGCAUGGAAGGAAGAACAUCAAGCAAGCGGUUCUGGAGAAGAUUGCCGCCAUGGCUGGGGAUUGUGGGUCUUUACUCAAGCAGCUCACAGCUGUGCGAAUUGAUGGAUCAAAAGAUAUGUUCGCACAGAAGCUCUGGAACCCGGUGCAUGGCAUUGUCAUGAAAUCAACCGAUGCAUUGUUUGUUUUCCAUUGGACCCUCCACGUCUUUUUACAAGACGGCAGUGCCCAGAAGCAAACAUUUGCAAACCGCCAGGGCAUCGGUUCUCGUGUUUGCAUGCUCUGCAAGAACAUUUUCAAUGUUAGACGUGAAGGUGAUGAUGACGACGAGGGGAAGAUCAGCUCCAGACACCUGACCCUGUCCUCCUGCGACCUUGCCUCGGACAGCGAAUUGCUGCAGAGUUGGGAUCGGCUGGCAGCAAAGGCAGGAACUGAACGCAAGGAAGCCUUGGAAAAAGCGGUGCAGGCAGGAUGGGGUCCAGUGAUGCGGCCGAAGUUUCAUUGGACCCUCCACUUGGAUGGCUGCUACGAGAAACAAGGAUUUCUGCCUGCAUGCUGGGUCUUGGAAGCCGCCCGUAAAUAUGGGUCGGCUUCUAGCAAUACGAUUCGUUUCGACACAUCUCUUCUGGAAGAGGUGACUGCAGAGCAUUUGUCGGUCAUGGGCAAAGAAGAGGGUUUCCAUUUGCGGGCACAUUUGCUGCAGCCGCAUGCUUGCACUGCAAAGCUGAAGAAAAGCUUGGUGCAGUACAAUGUCCUGCGGCAGGAGGGUGAGUGCAUGACAAGCACCAUGACAAGGCUGAAGCAUGGUGCUAUCAUCAAGAAAGGCGACAUGGUGCUGCAUGGCAGUGAGCCAGGGCACGAGUGCCCUUAUAGAUGUGCCAAAGUGCACUGCUGCAUUGAGCUGCACAAUAUUGCUCUGGUGAUGCUUGCCCCCGCCACUUUCCUUCAGCAGCGGUGGGACAUGAACAUGCUCAAGUUUCGUGAAGAGGCAGGUGACCCCCAGAUUUACAUCAUCGGUGCCGAUGACCUGCUUUGCAGUGUCGUGUACAACAAAGCCAAUGAUGGCACACUGACCGUGUUGCCGCCUGCCUAUUUGCGCUACUUGGAGUUGUGGCAGUUGCCCGGUGCCAACAAACAAGGUCAUCUCAAGUGUACUGCAUCCGAAGUUCUGGGUUUGUUGAAACCAUUGCAGCACUACUUCACAACAUGCUGCCUGCAAGAAGAAGUGCAGCCUGCGAAAGCAUCGCUUCUAGCAUGGUUGCAUGUGCUCGAACUCUUGAACGAUCAAAAUCAAGCACCACUUCGGUCCAGACAAUUGCUCCUUGCUUGCGAGGAAGCCUUGGAAAAAGCGGUGCAGGCAGGAUGGGGUCCAGUGAUGCGGCCGAAGUUUCAUUGGACCCUCCACUUGGAUGGUUGCUACGAGAAACAAGGAUUUGUGCCUGCAUGCUGGGUCUUGGAAGCCGCCCGUAAAUAUGGGUCGGCUUCUAGCAAUACGAUUCGUUUCGACACAUCUCUUCUGGAAGAGGUGACUGCAGAGCAUUUGUCGGUCAUGGGCAAAGAAGAGGGUUUCCAUUUGCGGGCACAUUUGCUGCAGCCGCAUGCUUGCACUGCAAAGCUGAAGAAAAGCUUGGUGCAGUACAAUGUCCUGCGGCAGGAGGGUGAGUGCAUGACAAGCACCAUGACAAGGCUGAAGCAUGGUGCUAUCAUCAAGAAAGGCGACAUGGUGCUGCAUGGCAGUGAGCCAGGGCACGAGUGCCCUUAUAGAUGUGCCAAAGUGCACUGCUGCAUUGAGCUGCACAAUAUUGCUCUGGUGAUGCUUGCCCCCGCCACUUUCCUUCAGCAGCGGUGGGACAUGAACAUGCUCAAGUUUCGUGAAGAGGCAGGUGACCCCCAGAUUUACAUCAUCGGUGCCGAUGACCUGCUUUGCAGUGUCGUGUACAACAAAGCCAAUGAUGGCACACUGACCGUGUUGCCGCCUGCCUAUUUGCGACCUCGCCAUGCAUGA